AACAGAUCCCACAUACAUGAAGUUCUAUGUAGUCCUUCUCACAUCAGCAAUGGCAAAUCACACACUGUCAGUGUAAGCAAGCUGAAGAAUAAACAUUAGCAACUUUAGAAAUGAAUAAUGAAUAUUCCCCCCAAUCCCUUCUUGGUUUAUGUUCACAGAUAUGUGUUUAGUGUUUAGCCCGUAAGCCUUUGUAAUGCAAUAUCUCAGGAGAUAACACUAACUCUGCAUGCCCAAGCAACAACAGGCAGAAUGUACAGCUGAAAAGACAAGUGUGAGUUGGGAGGGAGGAAGUCUCUCAUAUUUCACCUCCUCCUCCACCAAGCUUUACAUAACAAUCUGUAUUCACAGACAUGGAAGCAAACCCAUCAUUCCUAUUUAACAGUAGAAUCUGGUACAUAUGGCAGCCGUGUGAAUGGCGGUCAUUGAAAAGGUUACAGAAUGCCUGCUGUUCCAUCACUUCACUAACAGAGGAGCCAGCAUUGAGCCAAACGAGACAGACACAUAGCUGGGGGGAUUGUAAAGGCACAUGAUCACAUUAUUCCCGUGAUCAGCAGUGCUGUAGCAUGAAGCUCAGGAGGUAGCGUACAUCUACCCCAACACUUUCUCUUCUGCUGCUGCCUCCUGGAAGACAGCGGGCUUCCGUGCCCAAGGAUGGCUUCCCCAAGGCUGGAGACGUUCUGCUGCCCUAACAGGGAUGCAGCUACACAAUUAGUGCUUGAUUUCCAGCCUCAGGUUUAUGGCUCGCUGUGUUUCGGCAGUGGAUUGCUGAGUCUCUUGCUGACCAUUGUCCAGCUGCUGCCCAAGACAAUGCAGGGCUACAGGAGACAUGGGAGAUCAAUGUUUCCUAAACCUUCCUCCUCCAGGAUCUUGUUUCUAGUUAUUGUCUGUGACCUGCUGGGCUGCCUAGGCAUUUUAAUUCGAUCAUCAGUAUGGAUAUCAUCCUCAGGUUUCAUUAGUAACAUGUCACUAAUGAAUUCUUCAGACAUCUGGCCUUCAACCUUUUGUGUUGGAAGUGCGAUGUGGAUACAGCUGUUUUACAGUGCAAGUUCCUGGUGGUUAUUUUGCUAUGCAAUUGAUGCCUACCUCGUGGUUCGUAGAUCUGCAGGAAUAAGCACAAUUGUUUUGUAUCACAUGAUGACGUGGGGCCUGGCACUGAUGCUGUGCAUUGAAGGUGUUGCUAUGCUUUACUAUCCUUCGGUUUCCAAGCUGUCUGUAAUGAAUCACAGGCGUUCACACUCAGGCUCAAGGGGGAGCCCAUCACAGGAAAAUCAGCCAGAAAGAUGUAAAAGUUCCAGACGGGAGUGUAUAGCAUGUGGUGAACCAGCCAUGCUGGAUAAAAGGCUGUGCAAAAAAUGCCUAAUGGAGGCUAGCAAUCCUCCCAUGGAACAACUGAAUAGCAUGAUGGACUGGAUGCAAUCCACCUUCAAGCAAUCCAUGGCUACUAUGGUAGAUGAAGUCAUGGGUAAAGUAAUGCAUAAUCUGAGUAAACAAGGAUGCAUACCUGCUGCCAGUGCAGGGACGACAGCCGGAUCAUCUAGAACAGUACAAGAAAGAGACUCUAUUUCCUCUGAAGGGGAAAUAUCAGAAACAGAUACAGAUGAAGCAGAGGAAUCAGCUUUCAAUAUUGAUUUUAUUGAGCCUCUAAUAAGACACAUGAGAAUCACACUAGACUUAGAUGAAGAAGAACAGCUACCCAAACAAGAUAAAAUGUUCAGAACUAGAGAAAAGAAAACACAGGUGUUUCCGGUCCAUGAUGUGAUUGCUAGCAUGAUAAAUGCCGAAUGGGAAACCCCUGACAGAAAAAUGGGGGAAUCUAAGAGGUUUAACAGAAUGUUUCCUUUUUCAGAAAAAUAUGUGAAAUCAUGGAAUGCUGUUCCCAAAGUAGAUGCGGCAAUCACCAGAGUGGCUAGACGAACAACAUUGCCAGUUGAUGAGGGUGUUUCCCUCAAAGAUGCCAUGGAAAGAAGGCAAGAUGCCAUUCUAAAGAAGCUGUACCUUGCAGGAGGAAAGGCUUGCAAAACAACGGUAGCAACCACAUCACUCACCAGAGCCAACAGCAUUUGGAUAUCUGAGGUUGAGAAAGCGGUUAAAGAAGGAGCAGAUCAAGAUAAAAUUCUGGACAUAAUUCAAGACAUUAAAACAGCAAAUAAUUUUGCUUCUGAAGCCUCCCUUGAGGGAGCAAGGGUGGCAGCCAGAUCCAUGGGCCUUGCAGUUGCAGCCAGACGAGCACUGUGGUUGCGUCAUUGGCAUGCAGACUCUCAGUCCAAGCAUAACCUCUGCUCCCUGCCAUUUAAAGGAGAAUUCCUUUUUGGGGAACGUUUAGAUCAAAUAAUCUCCAAGGCGUCAGCGGGAAAAUCAGCUUUUUUGCCGCAAGAUCGCAAGGAUAGAAGGAAUUUCAGAAAUCAGAAACCAUCAUUCCGGGAUACCAAACAAUACAAACCAGGAAAGCCCUUUGUCCAUAAGCCCUGGAGAUCCAGGUUUCGUAACCAAGACAAAAGAGAUCAGAAACCUGAGAAGAAAACAGCAUGAAGGUGCGCGAGCCCCUCUGGCCCAAGUAGGUGGCAGAUUAAGGGCGUUUGGGACAGUGUGGGCUCAACAUAUACAAGAUUCCUGGGUCAUCAAUACAAUUGUGGAAGGUUAUGCAUUGGAACUGAUGAAUAUACCCCAAAGAAAAUUUGUGUCAUCAGACUGACAGAGAUCAGACCAAGACAGAGGAUGUCUCCAAUCUGUCAUCAUGGAUCUCUUGGACAAGGGGGUCAUAGAGGAAGUUCCAAAAAGAAGUCAUUUUUCAGGAAUAUAUUCCCAUUUAUUCCUCAGACAGAAACACAACGGUUUGAUUCGAGUAAUACUCAACUUGAAAAGUCUCAAUCAAAAUCUCCAUGUAAGAACAUUCAAAAUGGAAUCCAUCAGAACAAUUACAAUGCAUAUCUGCCAUGGAGAUUGGAUGGCAAAGAACCACACAGGAAAUUUCUGCGUUUCUUCAUUUUGGGGAAACAUUUUCAAUACAAGACAGUCCCUUUCGGGUUGGCGACAGGUCCCAGGGUAUUCACAAAGAUCUUGGCACCUCUUUUAGCACACCUUCGUAUGAAAGGAAUUCAGAUCUUUGCUUAUCUAGACGAUCUGUUCAUAAAAGCUUCUUCAUGCCAGUUGCUGACCGAGCACUUAAGGAUUGUGGUAACCACUCUACAGAGUUAGGGCUGGUUAAUAAAUUGGGAAAAGUCACUUCUGACCCCAACUCAAGAAAUAUUGUUCUUAGGAACAACAAUCAACACACAGGAAGGCCAUCUGAGACUCCCGCUAGAAAAAAUACCAGAUAUUCAAUAUCAAGUACAGCAGAUUUGCGCAAAACACAAAGUUUCAGUGAAAUUCUGCCAGCAAGUCCUCGGGAAACUGAGCUCUACAAUAGACUCGGUCAAAUGGGGAAGGAUUCAUACGAGAACACUACAGAUGGAAUUCCUAACACAAUGGAGCAAGGGCCAUCCAGAGUCGAACCAGACCAUUUCUUUAUCGGAGAAAACUAUACUAUCCCUAGCUUGGUGGUUAGAAGAAGAGAACUUGAAAAAACCAAUAUCUUUCAUGCCAAAGAUCAUGGAGACAGUCACAACGGAUGCCAGCAGAAUAGGCUGGGGAGCACAUUGCAGGACACAAACGUGCCAAGGAAUUUGGUCUAAGGAAGACAGCAGAAAGAGCUCCAACUGAAGAGAAUUGAAAGCAGUCCUACUAAGCCUGAUAAGAUUCCACGAAAUAGUCAGAGGAAAAGAAGUCCAGAUAAAAUCAGACAAUCUUACCGUGGUCAAUUACAUAAACAAGCAAGGGGACACCAAAUCAAAAACCUUAUUGACCACGACCAUAGCUAUUUUUUCGUGGGCGGAAGAGAACCUAAUAGGUCUGUCGGCCUGUUACAUACCGGGAGUCCAGAACUGCCUAGCAGAUCAGCUCAGCAGGAAAUUCCCGACAGUGGGAGAAUGGGAACUCAGUCAAGAAAUUUUCAAUCUGAUCAACAACAAGUGGGGUCCCUUCUCCAUAGACCUGAUGGCAACAUCUCAGAACAAGAAGAUCGCGACAUUUUGUUCUUGGGGAAAGAACAGUCAAACGAUAUUUUGGGAUGCCUUUUCCUUCCCAUGGAAAUUUCGAAUGGCUUACAUCUUUCCACCUCUAGCUGUGAUUCCGAAAGUUCUCAAGAAAAUCAGGACAGACAAGGCAAAUGUGGUCAUUGUGACACCUUGGUGGCCCAGAAGAGCUUGGUUUUCGACACUGAUGGAGCUCAUACAGGAAGAGCCAUUCCACCUUCCAAUAGUUCCAACUAUUCUCCACCAGGGAAUGGUGUUACAUCCGAACCCAGGCCGUUGGGCCUUAGCAGCCUGGAAACUGAAAGGCUAAAGCUUAAUCGGUUGGGAUUAUCAGACUCCACAGUAUCUACCAUAUUAGCUUCAAAGAAAAAAUCGACACACAUAAAGUACGCCAGAACUUGGGAGGUCUUUAUUGAUUGGUGCAAAGCAAGAGGUCAUGACCCUCUCAGAAUAUCUGAAGUCACCAUCAUAGAAUUUCUACAAGCAGGCGUAGAACGCAAUUUAAGUAUUUCUACGCUUAAAGGACAGGUGACGGCGAUUUCAGCACACACUGACUUUCACUGGGCUUCGGGUAUCCUAUUGAAAAGAUUUUUUCAGGGAUUGAAAAAAUUUUGCCCUAUCAUCAGAUCAGAAGUUCCACCUUGGGACCUAUCGUUGGUCUUAAAAGCGUUAAUGGAACACCCUUUUGAACCAUUAGAGGAAGCAUCUUUAAAAAAUCUGUGCCUCAAAACAGUAUUCUUGUUAGCCAUCACAUCUGCCAGAAGGGUAGGAGAAUUGCAGGCAUUAUCAAUUAAACCGUCUAAGCUAUCCUUCUUUCCAGACAAGAUGGUACUCAGAACGGAAGAUAGAUUCAUACCCAAAGUACCAUCUAGAUUUCAUCAGCAACAGGAACUGAUCUUACCUGCAUUCUAUCCGGAACCACAAAAUCAACAAGAAGAAAAGCUUCACUCCUUGGAUGUAGUCAAAUGCUUACGGAUUUACCUUAAGAAAGUGGCAACUUUCAGAAAAACAGAUUACCUUUUGGUGACCAUUGGAAGUAAUAAUUCAGGAAACAGAGCUGCUAAAAGCACGAUUGCAAGAUGGUUGAAGCAGUGCAUCGUAACAGCAUAUUCAUUACAGUCAGCACCUGAACCAGCACCUAAAGCACACUCCAUCAGAGGGAUGGCAGCUUCCUGGACACUCAGAGCCCAGGUAUCAGCAGAAGAAAUCUGCAGAGCGGCCACUUGGUCAUCUUUUUGCACUUUUUCCAAACAUUACAAAUUUGAUACAUAUUCUAAGGAUCUAGCCUGUUUUGGGCAUUCAAUUUUGGAGGCGGCUACUGCUGAAUAAAU